AAACCCCAACACACAUUAGCAUACUCAGUUAGCUCCUAGUCCGAGGACUGUUCCACUUCCUCAUAUUGUCGGUUGCUCUGUCACACUUUUCUUAGCCUCCCAAGUUGCUUCAAUCUUUUUCAGGUGUUUGAUAAUGGCGGACGAGGUGGUUGUGCUGGAUACCUGGGUCAGCAUGUUUGGGAUGAGGGUGAGGAUCGCGCUGGCUGAGAAGGGGAUCCAGUACGAGUACAAGGAGCAGGACCUGAGGAACAAGAGCGACCUGCUUCUCAAGAUGAACCCGGUUCACAAGAAGAUCCCGGUUCUCAUCCACAACGGGAAACCGGUCUGUGAGUCCCUCAUCAUCGUUCAGUACAUAGACGAGGUCUGGAACGACAGCACUCCGUUGCUGCCCGCUGAUCCUUACCAGAGAGCUCAAGCCAGGUUCUGGGCUGAUUUCAUUGAUGCGAAGGUGUAUAGUGUUUCAAGGAGGGUAUGGGCCACAAAAGGGGAGGAGCAGGAGGCAGCAAAGAAGGAGUACUUUGAAACCUUCAAGAUACUGGAGGGGGAGCUUGGUGACAAACCUUACUUUGGGGGAGAAACAUUUGGGUUUGUCGACAUUGCUCUCGUCACUUUCUACAGCUGGUUCUAUGUUUAUGAGAGUUUUGGCAACUUCAGCAUGGAGGCGGAGUUCCCCAAGAUUAUGACAUGGGUUAAGAGGUGCAUGCAGAAGGAGAGUGUCGCCAAGACUCUUCCUGACCAGAGGAAGGUUUAUGGGUUUGUGGAGGACUUGAGGAAGAAGCUUAGCUUGGACUAGAACAAUGGUGGUUUGGCCCCAGUAUGGGAAGUAUAGUAGCGUAUUAGCAUGGUUUUGGGUGGUCGUGUUUUAUGUCCGUUAAGCUUUUGUUGGACACUUCGGUGUGUCUUUAUCAGAAGAACAUGUCUUGUAUCACGCAUGUUAUCGUGAAUAAGGAGAGACCCUUUGUUGUGUCUGCUAUGUGUUUGAUGAAAUUGUGCCUUCUACAACAUUUGGAGUGUACAUCGGUUUUGGGGUAUCCGUGUAUGCAGAGCAUUGAUGUCUAUCUUCA